CGUAUUCCGAUUCUCCGCGUCCCAAAUCGUUGCUUCCUCAUUGGGUCCUUCCCUGAGUUCGCUCCUUCCCUCUUCCUCUGAAAACGCCCUGUCGUUUUCAAUCAAAAUCUCCAACUACACCACUUAAAUUCCCCUCCUUUCUCUCUCUCUUCCCAUUUACACACAUGUCUGUUUGUUUGUGGUUGGUGACGUGAUUCCAAAUUCUUGAUCCUUUGAUUUUGAUGUUGAUCCUAUCUGCUGCUUGUCUAGUCUCUCUUUCUCUUUCACUCUUUAAUCGAAAUCCCUGGCUUUCUUCUUUCUUUCUUUUUUUCCUCUCUCUCUUGUGUUGGGUUUUCACAGAUGGGACUAAUGAUCCAUUGCCGCUGAUCCUGGAGAUCUAAAUUUCUUUAUUUGGAUUCUUUUUUAUUUUAAUUUGUUUUUCUACAAUUUUUUUUGCCUUGUUUUUAUGCCCAGGCGCUUAAAAUCUUGGAUUUUUUGGACUUUUCAUGUCGUUGAUUUGAUUCUUGGUGUUGGGUUCUCUCAUUUCUGUUAGUGGUAUCAAAUCCACUUGAAAGUUUCUUUUUUGGCGCGGGGUUGGUGAUCAAUACAUUUUACUAAUUAAUUUUGCAUUAAAGCGUCCCAAUUUUGCAUGAGAGGAAGUGGUUGCAGCUAUUAGAAUUGAAUACCAAUAAGAGUUUAGGAGAUUUGUUUAAUUGAAUGAAGUGAGAUACAAAAGGGAAAAAAAAUGGCAAGACAUAGAGGAGACAAGGAAGAUGGAUUAGAUAGGCACAUGGGUUUGCUAAAACUAGUGCAAAUAUUAUCUUUUUUGGUUGUUUUUGUGGCUGGUAUAAUUUUGGGUUUAGCAACAAGUUCUCACAUCAAUCAGUACUUCACUUCACAAGCUCGCCUAUUCUUCACGAACAACAUAGCAUCAACAACAAUCACAGGUGGUAAUUGCACAAUUUUGAGACCUUGUAAGAGGAUUGAUUGCUUUGGUAUGGAUACGUUUCUUCAUCCAAAGAACUUGACUCAUAGCAUGAAUGAUGAGGAGCUUUUUUGGAGGGCUUCUUUGAUGCCAACUAAGAAAGGGUAUCCCUUUGAUAGAUUGCCUAAAGUAGCUUUCAUGUUUUUGACGAGAGGGCCUUUGCCUAUGUUGCCAUUGUGGGAGAGGUUCUUUAGAGGUCAUGAGAAGUAUUUCUCUAUCUAUAUCCAUACACCUCAGGACUAUGUGCUCAAUGUUUCAAGGGAUUCUCCAUUCUACAGAAGGCAAAUACCGAGUCAGAAUGUUGAGUGGGGAACAGUUUCACUGGUUGAUGCUGAGAAGCGCCUUCUAGCCAAUGCCCUGCUGGAUUUCUCAAAUGAGCGGUUUGUUCUUCUCUCUGAGAGCUGCAUACCAAUCUACAAUUUCCCUAUUGUCUACAAGUAUCUCAUUCAUUCUGAAUAUAGCUUUGUUGAGUCAUAUGAUGAUCCCUCUCGUUAUGGUCGUGGCCGCUACAACCGAAAAAUGCUUCCUGAUAUUAAGCUCUUUCAGUGGAGGAAAGGGUCUCAGUGGUUUGAGAUCCAACGGGCUUUGGCUGUUCAUAUAGUCUCAGACACGAAGUACUAUUCUGUCUUCAAGAAAUAUUGUAAGCCUGCCUGCUAUCCCGAUGAGCAUUACAUUCCAACUUAUCUGAACAUGUUCCAUGGUUCGCUUAAUGCUAAUCGCACAGUAACUUGGGUUGAUUGGUCGCUGGGGGGACCCCAUCCAGCAACAUAUAACGGAAUUAACGUUACAGAGAGUUUAAUACAGUCUGUUCGGAAUAAUGGAACAGAAUGUUCAUACAAUUCAGCGAUGACAUCUGUUUGUUACCUCUUUGCUCGGAAGUUUCAUCCAAGUGCUCUGGAGUCCUUGCUUAACCUCACCUCAACAGUAAUGGAAUUUUGAUUACUCAUUUUCUUUUCUUGGCAGAGAUAUGACAUCAUUUCUGUAGUGCCCCUAGACAUUGGCUGGCGGCUCUCAUAACAAUUUUGUUUAGGCACAAUUGUACAGUUGAUUUUUAUAGGUCAUUGGGAUUGUUGAUCAUUAAGGGAAUCGCUAUUUGUUGAUCUAAUUUUGAGAGCAUUAGCUAGCCUUUUGAGAAGCAGCAACUCAGAGAGCUUAUGUCAAUGAUUACUGAGUUCAUUUUGGUUGAUGAUCAGGCAGUUGGGGGCUCUUAAAUCUGUGUUUGUUAUGAGGAAAGUUUUACAGAUUGCUUGCUAGCGUAUACUGUGCUAAUAACAAGUCCAAAAGCCUUGUAAAGGUUAUUAGUUAUGAUUUUUUUAUUCCAGCACUGUAGUCAAAA